AUGACAACCACGGGUAUGAAGACCGCAGGUAUGAAGCCCGUGGUUAUGAACCUCGUGGCUAUGAACCUCGUGGCUAUGAACCUCGUGGCUAUGAACCUCGUGGUUAUGAAGCCCGUGGUUAUGAAGCCCGUGGUUAUGAAGCCCGUGGUUAUGGAGGCCGUGAGUAUGAAGGUCGUAAGUAUGGAGGUGACAGGCAUGAAGGCCUCAUCAUGCACAUCGACACUUCUUCGCAUUCACAUCGAGACCUUUAUACCGGAGAUAUCAGAGGAGCGCCGGGGUAAAGAGAAAAAAGGGAAGUUCCGAAAUGAUAAAGAAAAGGAGAAAAUGGAGAGAAUGUUCGAUGAGACAGCUCGUAAAGCAAAGGGAGGUGAACAGAGCCUAUCGGAAACAGAUAAAGAUGAUCAGUCUGAGAAAAAGAAUGAUCCGCCCGAGACAGAUGAACAGGAUCAGUCUGAGAAAAAGCAUGAUUUGCCCGAGACAGAUGAACAGGUUCAACCAGAGAUAGAUGAAGAUGAACGGGGUUCGCACGAGACGGAAGAAUCCACCGAGGAUUACCAAGAAGAUUGGGACUACCACAAUAAGGAGCUGGAUGAGGCUCGCUAUACCGGAGCAAGCCAUCGCUUGCGACGGCCCAUCAGGGUGAAAUCUUUCUCAUCUUUGCCCGGCGUGGUGAUCAACCAGGUACCUGUUGACGACAUAUCCGCUCCUUCGAACAUUUACUUCGAACCAACCAAGCCCAUCCUCUCUUCGGAUAAUGAGUCUAUUGAUCAAGAUAUUCUUCCCAAGGCAGCAGAUCCAGAAGAGCAGAUCGAUCAUGGUCAUCGUUCCACGACAUCCGAAUCCUUACCUGGAAGUUCAUCUGCCUCCCAGACCUCUUCCCCUGCUCAUAGACCCACUAUCAACUUGGAAUUUCCGCCAGUUUUUACCUGGCAGACAAAGAAAAAGCCGUCGAUGAAAGAGAGCGCGAUCUCGAAAGCAAACAGCCCUCUCGAUAACCCCAGCCCGGAUCAUUCCAAGUCGAAUGUUCAGUCUCCAAAUAAGCCACCUGGGAUUUUGAGCGUGGACGAAGACACAAUAAAGCACGUCUCCGCGCAUAUCAAUAAUGAGCUGCUCGAGCCUACCGAUGGAGAUAGUUGGGAAAUAUAUAAACAAGCGACGACAAAAUCCUACUUCGAUGUGGACCGGGCUAUUACACAAAGAUAUGCCGUUUCUCUUCCCACAUUGAUCGCGGAACAAGCUGAGAGUGUCCCCGACUUAUUCUCGCCAGAAAUGGUGGACUUGAAAGAUGUUGUCAGUAGGCUAUGUCGACUGUUCAACUUCUUUGCCCCGCUUUCAUAUCCAUGCGCUGUCAGCGGCAAGUUCUGGGGAGCGGUUCAUGAUCUUCUCGCCACCGUCCCCCAAUAUUGGGACACAUCCUACAUGAAGGAGCUGGCCAACCGGCCGCGUCAUCAGCGGAUACCAGAGACCUUCUUUAUAGCCAACCUCGGCCGCACUGAUUACGCUAACAUCCCCGACAAGGACGAGCUAGAACAACUGGCUUUCAGCGUCGCGAAUUGCGAAAAAUGCAUUGCAUCCCGUCAAUACUCUACUCGGUCGGAUGCCCUCGACCAUCUGUUUACGCAUGUUUCCGUUGUUUGCCCCGAACAACGCUCGGUGAAGAGCUCGCAAUCACCAUGGGUGAUGGAUUUUGAAGAGUAUCUGACAUACAUUUGCCGGGGAGCUGAUCAGAUAAUAAUCACCGAGCUAGAAGACUUUCUGACAAGCUUGGAAACGAUGGCAGCUCAGAUCCAGCACGGGGUGUCAGCUGAUGGAAAGUUUGACUGGGACACAUACCGCAUCCCAUCGAGUUUGGUUGAUGCCUUUCAGGAUCUCCUGAUGAUGGUCGUGACUAGCGCACAUCUCGUGAAGUCUUGUCAUAAGAAGCGCGAAACUUACACAAGUUCCGACCCGCCGGGGACUUUCUUGAUGCUAUCAGAGUUGGACAGGGUCACGGAUGCUGGGGUAGCGGCAGAGACGGCUAUGGAAAGUGCCAUGAGAGACAUCGUUUUGAUGACCUAUACCGACGAGCUAUCCGAUGUCGUGACCUACGAAGCCGUGGGUCCCGGAUUGGUCCUCACUCUUAUCAUGGGGGACGUCCGCUGCAGAGACUCGCAAAGCAAUCCGGUUAACUUGCUCGAGAUCUAUCGUGAAUACGUCCGCAAUCUGCAAUUCAAAGCGAGUCAGAAUCCCCAGCGACGCCUACUACAGGAAAUCUACCUCGUCCGCGAGGAGCUAGAAAUAAUCCAGAAGGCUUCCGAGAGACAGCGCCUUGUUCUCGGAAACUACCUGAACGUCAUAAACCCACAUUCUUUCCGCAUCACCACCGAGUCCCGGGUCUCCUCAUUCGAACUCGAGAAAGCAAGGUUAAACAAGCUCAUCGGCCAGCUGAACGCCGAGCUCAGCGCAAUCUCACUUCUCAACAUAAAACUUGACUCAUUGGCCAACCAGACGCGCAGUGGGGUAGAUGUGCGACAGGAAGAUCAAGGAAAGGCCAUUCUUGUCUUCACUAUCGUGACCGUGGUGUUUAUGCCGUUAUCAUUUGUGACCAGCUAUCUCGGCAUGAACACCACUGACAUCCGCAACACGAACAGCUCGCAGACGCUGUUUUGGGCCAUCUCCGCCCCGCUAACAGUGGGCAUUAUUACGAUCGUCUUGUUGGUUGCGUUUCAGGUGGAUCGGAUUCGAGAGGCUUUCGACGCUUUUUGGACGUAUGAUUCUACGCUAGCGGCGAGAUCUGGCUCGGCUGUUUUGCGCGGGAACUGGACGAAUAAUCACAUUGAAGGGCCCUCUGGAUUGUCAACAAAGAAUUGGAUUACAAGUGGCUGGCCUGCGGGAAGGAAGACUGGGCUGAAUGACUCAAUGAGCGUUUAG